AUGAACCAGUAUCACAUCUACGAAGCCAUUGGUCGUGGCAGAUACUGCACGGUCUAUAAAGGCAGAAAGAAGAAGACCAUCGAGUAUUUUGCGAUUAAAAGCGUUGAUAAAUCUCAGAAAAACAAGGUUCUUCAAGAAGUUAGGAUUCUUCACACUUUGGAUCACCAAAAUGUGCUCAAGUUUUAUUCAUGUGUUAACUCUCAGGAAGACCUUAACAUCCAAAAUGAUAAACGGUUUUUGGCUAAGUCCUGGGAUAACCUAGAAGAACUUCCUGAUGAUCAUGGGGAUGAUAUAGAGGAGGAAAUUGAGGACCCUAAAGCUGAUUUUAUAAGUGCUGAUUAUGAAGAUGAAUUUCAGGAUAUUCAGCUUCCUGAAGAAUCUGUUAAUGAGCUUGCUUGUGACCUCGUUAGAGCUCUGCAGUAUUUACAUUCAAAUGGAAUAAUUUAUUGUGAUCUGAAACCAUCAAAUAUUCUACUAGAUGAAAAUGGACGUACAAAGCUCUGUGAUUUCGGAUUGGCCAGAAAGUUAAAAGAGAUAUCGAAAGUUCCUUCUUCUUCGUUGCCUCAAGCAAAACGUGGAACACCCUCUUACAUGGCUCCGGAGCUUUUUGAAGAUGGCGGAGUUCAUUCUUAUGCUUCUGAUUUCUGGGCUCUAGGUUGUGUACUAUAUGAAUGUUAUUCUGGGAGGCCUCCUUUUGUGGGAAGAGAAUUCACUCACCUUGUAAAAUCCAUCAUUUCAGACCCGACUCCACCUCUCCCUGGAAAUCCAAGUCGACCUUUUGUCAAUUUAAUUAAUUCUCUGUUGGUCAAAGAUCCAGCCGAAAGAAUACAGUGGCCCGAGCUUUGUGGUCAUGCCUUUUGGAAAACUAAAUUCUCUCUAGUGUCUCUUCCUUCUCAACCUGCAUUUGAUGAUAUGAUAGAGCUUCAUGCUAGGUCAUGCGCUUUUUGCUUUGGGAAGGAAAGCAGAUGCUUUAAUGGUAGAGAGUCUAAUAAAUGUGAUGGCCAAGUGAAUGGAAGCCCUGAUGUUAUUGAUAAUUUGCGCUAUAACUCUGAGUCGUGUAAUGAUUCAAGUGAUAAUUCAGAAUCAUGUGAUAAAGUAUUUACUAAUAGCGGUGAAUCAAGUGACUCAAACGAUGCUCCUGAAAUUCUUAAAAAGCCCAGUUUUAAGUUUACUUUCCCCAGUGAAAAAAGUAGCGAAGCAAGGAAAAAUAAAAAGUUCUUUGUUGCUCGGAUUUCAAAGACAAAGUCUAUAAGUGUAGAUUUUCGGCUUUCACGGGGAAUAGCAGAGAUUAACGAAGGGAAAUAUGCUCAUGCUAUAUCCAUUUUUGACCAGGAAAACAAGAAGCAAUUAUUUUGCCUAAUUAGUGAUUGUAUCUAUGAGUUCAACGCUUUUGGAUCAUGA